UUAGGUAAUUGUGCGUCUUCAACACCCCCCGCCGGAGUCUUCAAAACUUUUGCUUUGCGAUCGAGAAGUUGAAGUUGAAGUUGAAGAAGAUGGCUGAUUCAAAAAAGGGGCGUGUGCAGUGGGAUGAAGCUAAUAUAGUGGAAAUUGAAUCUAACAAGCCUGUUAGGCAGAAGAUCACUGAACCUAAGACACCCUACCACCCUAUGAUCGAUGAUGAUGGUUCUCUGUCUCCUAGAGGCAGGUCGUUUGACGAAUGCGUUGAUGAUAUGCAACGUACGGAAGAACUGAGGAACGUUCUCAACGAGGCAGCAGCUUCCUCAAGUAGGAAUACUAGCCAGGGGUCUGGUUCUGGUGGCUGGAGCUCGUCGGAGGAGGAUGAAGCAGAUCCAAUGGAUCAAGAUGAUGAAGAUGUGGAUGGUGAGAAAAACGCACGUUUCAACGAACUCAGAAGAGUACAUUACGAUGAGUUUCGGAAGGUGAAGGAAAUGAGGUCUUCAGGGUCGUUCUAUGAAGAAGAGGAAGAAGAUGAUGGAGCAAAAGGCAGUAAAACAGUGGCAACUACCUCACGUCACACUAAAGGCGUUAAAAAAGAGGUCGAUGCAGCCACGACAGCUUGAUCCUCGAGUUGAUAUCAACCUCUGCUCAGUCAAAUGUGUACUCUCUCCUCCAUGUUUUACGGAGUGAUUUCUUGAUUAAGCUGGGGUUUACAUUAAUGUUUAGCUUUCUAAAAAGAAAACAACAAAGAAAAAGAGCAAAAAAACAUUCUAAGUUAUUUGUCUUUAUAUAGCAUUUUAGAGGCCAA